AUGGCCAAUCGUACGGUUAAGGAUGCCCAUACAGUGCAUGGAACCAAUCCGCAGUACCUCGUGGAGAAAAUAAUACGCAGUCGUAUUUAUGAAUCCAAAUAUUGGAAGGAACAUUGUUUUGCUCUCACUGCCGAACUGUUGGUGGAUAAAGCUGUGGAGUUGCGUUAUGUCGGGGGUGUAUUCGGAGGCAAUGUGAAGCCUACUCCUUUCUUAUGCCUGGCUUUGAAGAUGCUUCAAAUUCAGCCGGACAAGGAUAUCGUGAUUGAAUUCAUCAAACAAGAACCCUACAAGUAUGCCCGUGCUUUGGGCGCAUUCUAUUUGAGACUAGUGGGUGAAUCGGUAGAAAUCUACAAGUAUUUGGAAACAUUGUAUAAUGACUUCCGUCGCCUCAAAUUCCAAGAUCGUAAUGGAAAUUUCAGUUUGAUCUACAUGGACGAUUUUAUCGACAGCUUGCUCACAGAAGAGCGUGUUUGUGAUGUGAUCUUACCACGCUUACAAAAGCGUUCAGUGUUGGAAGAGACAAACUUGCUGGAACCACGAUUGUCAUUGUUGAACGAGGAUCUGGAUGAUCUGCAAUACGUGGAUGAAAUAGACACAACCGCUGGUAUCCCGGGUCUGGGUGAUGAUGAGAAUGACGAGGAAGGUGUUAGUGCUGGAGAUCGGGACAAAAAGCGGUCACGUGAUCGACCACGACAUCGCGAUCGGGACCACAGGGAUCGUGACAGGGACCGUGAACGUGAUCGUAAUCGUGAUCGUGACCGGGAGCGCGAUCGUUCCAGAGAACGAGAUUACGCCACUCAUCGACGUCGGCAUCGUGAUGAUUCUCCCCAUGUUGAAAGACGGGAUCGCAAAGAUCGUGAUGAUCGUGAUCGGGAACGCAAACACGAUCGGGAGAAGAAAAGCCGGCGAAGUCGUUCCCGGGAUCGUCGCGAAGGUGGAGGACGAUCACGGAACGAAGACAGCCAUUAUUCACCAGAUCACAAGCGAUCACGGGACAAGGAGCGCGAUCGUGGCCGGCGCUACUAA